GUAAACUUGUGAAAUUUGUUCUAUAAAGAUCUCAAAUUGGGUAUCAGCAGAUUUGACAAAAUUUUCCCGCUAACUGUUCGUUGGGUGUUCUUGUUCUUUUCGGAGUCUGAAGAGGGAGAUCGUCUGUGAUGGCUAAUUUGAAGUCUCUGCUUUUCGUUGGAAUCUAUGUUCUGCUAGUCUCAGCAUGGAUUCCUGUCUCUCAUUGUUCCAAGAAACCAGCGACGGUUGCUAGGAAGGAAGACAUUCCUUACAUCAGAUGCCAGGUCUGUGAAAAGCUCGCAGCGCAGUUGUACCACCAGGUCCAGAAGAAGCAAGCUGAGAUCGCUCCCAAGAAGAUCUCAGAGUAUCAAAUAAUUGAGAUAGCGGAGAAUGUUUGCAAUCUGAAGAAAGCUGAAGCGGAUUGGAUUUUACAGAUAGAUGUUGUGGAACAAGGAAAUAAGUUGGAGCUGGUGGAACAAGACUCUGAAGGACAAUGCAAUUCAGAGUGCAAAACAAUUGAGCGGGCUUGCCAAGAGGUCAUGGGAUAUUCUGAUACUGAUGUUGCUGAAUAUCUAUAUAGCUCCAAGCCACAACUUGAUUCAUUGGUUAACUUUUUAUGUAAAGACCUUUCUAAAGCAUGCAGUACCAAGCCACCUCCAGUUCCUAAGGAUAGGACUCCAGGAGAACCUUUUGUGCCCAAGUCAUCCAAAGAGGCAGAAAUGGAAAAGAUAAUGAAAUCUAUGGAGGGUAUGCCAGGAGCACCUGGCAUGAAAAUGUACUCGAGGGAUGAGUUGAUGAACAUGAAUAAAUUUGGUGAGGAAGAUGACGAGGACGAGGACGACGAUGAUGACGAAAACUUCCCCUCAAAAUUGGGAAAAGUUCUGAGGGAGAAAAAGAAUACAAAGGUUGAUUGGAGACAAAAGAUCACCAAAGGAAUCACAGACGCAAGGGACUCAUUAAAGAAACAUGCAUACAAAGUCAACAACCGGGUGAGGAAGUGGUGGACAGAAAUGAAAACAGCAGGUUCAAAGAAUUCAAAGUCCAGCAAAUCAGAUCUUUAGCUCUCUCCUAAUCACACACCAUUACAGAAAAAGCAUGGAUCUGCACGAUUUUGUUCGUUCGAGUUUUUUUUUUUUUUUUUUGACUUAUUUUGACGAGUAAAACAGAAAAUGUGACGUUUGGGUAGGAAUUUGAGAACAGAUUAAAGCCCAUAUUAUGGAACCUUUCCCUUUAUAUCAUCAAUCUGUUAGUUA